AUGGGCCUCACAAAGCAGUACCUACGCUACGCGCAUGUCGGCAGCUUUAACGCGGUGGGCUCGUCGAACGGGGCCGUGGUGGCCGUCGACCACCAGACGUGCGCCGUCACCGCCUGCGAGAACGUCCACUUCUACAACUUUCGCACCGGGGAAAAGGUGGCCUCGCUGAGCGAGUCGGAGAAGCAAGUGACGUGCCUCCGACUCAGCCACAACAAGCAAUUCCUGGCCAUCGGAUACGCCGAUGGGGCCAUUCGGCUCUUCAAUCGACAAGCAGAAGAUCAAAACGAGUGCAUCGUGUUCAUGGGCCACAAGAAGGGCGUCAACUGCCUGGCGUUCAGCCACGACGGGCUGACGCUCGCGUCCGGUGGAAAGGACAGCUCGAUCGUGUUGUGGGACAUUGUCGCAGAGACGGGCCUCUUUCGCCUCAACGGCCACAAGGAAUCGAUCACACACGUCGAAUUCACGCUCGACGACAAGCGCCUCGUCUCGGCCUGCAAGGACACUUUUGUCAAAUUCUGGGAUGUGGCCUCGCAAAGCUGUUUCUACACGCUCACCGAGAGUCGAUCUGAGAUCUACUCGUUUCUGCUGUUGAAAGAGGACACGAUGCUCAUCGUCGCCACCUCCGAGCUCGAGCUGUACAUCUUUGACAUGACGUGGUUGAGCGGGGAAGAAGGUCAUCUACCGCCUGGCGACGAUGGACCGGAUUCGAAGAGGCCGAAAGAGACGCAGAAACACCUCGACGGCCCACAACUGCUCGGCGAUUGCGAGAAUAAAUUCGUACGCGUCAGCCUGCGAGGGAAAGUGCUGCGUCAGUGCAAGGGUCGGGCCCUCCAGCUCGCCGCCAGCCCCGACGGACAAUUGGUAGCUGCAUUGGGCUCGGACCGGCUGAUCGACUUCUACCGCGUCUACACCGACGACGAGGCCCGGAAACGGCUCUCCAAAAAGUUGAGAAAAGCCAAGCGAAAAGCGGCGGAUAGUGGAGCCGACGAGGGCCCGUCAUCAGAAGACGUCGGCAAAGACGUGACGCUCGUGUUCGCGCGGGUUGGCGAAUGGCGGGCUGCCGCGAAGCCGAAGUGGAUCUCGUUCGCCCCGUCGCAACCUGCCCAACAUGACGACGGAGUUCUGCAAUAUCGGGCCUUCUGCCUGUUUGUCAACAACUCGGUCGAGUCGCUGGACAUCAAGCUGAACGCGGCCACCAACGAGGUGGUCGUGGAGAAGGCGGCGGACUUGGAGAAGAUGGGCCAUCGCGGCGACGUGCGGUCGAUGAGCGUCGCGUCGCACGACUCGCUGCUGGCCACUGGCGGUGGCAAUCAGGUGAUGCUGUGGAACGUCGAGACGUUUCGAGCGGCGAAUUGUCUGCAAGAAGAGGGAAUGGACGAUGUGACCGCCGUCCUCUUUGCCACUGGCGAUCGACACAUCAUCGCCGCCACCAAGACGGGCCAGCUCUUCCUGUUCGAGGUGUCGACGUGUGAAUGUCUCGAGAAACGCGACGCGCACGAGGGACCGAUUUGGGCAUUGGUCCGACUGCCAGACAAUACGGGUUUCGUGACCGCCUCCGCCGACAAGAAGCUCAAGUUCUGGGGCUACGACCUCGUCAGCGAGGGCACACAAAAACGGCUGACGAUGCGCGAGAAGCGUGUGCUAGAGCUGCAGGACGAGGCGCUGUGUGCCGCCAUCACCCCCGACGGCAAAUUCCUGAUCGUGGGCCUGCUCGACAUGACGGCCACCGUGUUCUUCGUCGACACGCUCAAGUUCUACCUGUCUCUCUACGGCCACUCGAUGCCCGUCACCUGCUGCACGACAAGCCCGGACAACAAGCUGGUGGUGACCGGAUCGGCCGACAAGACGAUCAAGAUCUGGGGCCUCGACUUUGGCGACUGUCACAAGUCUUUUCACGCACACGAUGAAGCUGUCUCUGCCGUGCUGUUCUCGCCAAGCGAUGAGAUGCUCGUCUGGUCGGCGGGUCGAGACGGAAAGAUUCGCCAGUGGGACGCCGUCAAGUUCGAGGCGGUGCAGAAGCUGGACAGACACACGGCCGAGAUGAGGGCCCUGGCGCAGACGAGCAAUGGAAAUAUGCUGUUGACGGCCUCACACGAUCGAUCGAUUCGUGGAUGGGAAUUGACGGAGGAGAUUGUUGUGCUGCAGGAAGAGGAAGAGGUCGAACGAGAGAAGCUGUACGAGGAGAAGCUGGCCGAUGACGAGGAUGUGGUGGCUGGAGAGACAAAGGAUAGUGAGGCCACGGUGGCUGAGAGGAAGAGCGAGCACACAAUUAUCGCUACGGAAAGCAUCAUCGAGGCCAUCGACAUUGUCCGAAAGGAGCGACAGGUCGACAAGGACGAUUUGGAGCACACUCCGCACCCGCUGUACCUGGCCUACCGUAGCGCGAGUGUCGACCAUUUUGUGCUGGAUGUGAUUGGGAAGAUUCGUGCCUCAUAUGUCGAUCGAUGUCUCCUCCUAUUGCCCCUCUCAUAUCUGGGCGAUAUUCUGCAGGCGAUGGCUGGAUGUGUGGCCAACAAAUACAAGGUCGAACUGGCCAGUCGCAUCGCCCUCUUCCUCAUCAAAAUGCACCACUGCCACGUGACAAACAGCGUCGAGAUGGUGCCCAUCGUCGGGCUAUUGCGCGCCAAUUUGCCCAAGGGGAUUCGGCAAAUAAAGGACACGGCCAGCUUCAACUUUGCGGCCCUUCGACUGCUUGCCAACGAGAUUGAGAACAGCCAAGAGAUUCGCGUCUUCUCGGAUCUGUCGAAAAUCGAGAAGAAGCAGAACAAGAAGAAGAAGCAGCAACAGGAACAGGGCACCAACAACAAGAAGGCCGUCCUCCACACGCUCGCCGCC